AUGAUCAACAAUAAUGGUUUGCCUCCAGGCUAUAAAGCUUGGGGUCCAUUCAUCUCCAAAAACUACACUAUACAUCCAGUGAGUCAAUCGGAUCUUAUUUUAGCGGGCACUGCAUUCGGGAUUGCCAACAUCUUUGGCCUCUCUGCGGCUUUCAUUGGUUUCAGGCAGACGAGAGCGUCCAGACAACCAUGGAAAAAUACAUAUAUCUGGAUGAUAUGGCUUGAAUUGGCUGCUUCGGUGGUCCUUUCCGUAGUCUGCCUGCUGUUCUUACUAAGAGUUAUACGGCCCAGUUUUUACAUGUACAUGGGCAUCUGCAAUCCAGUGGUUUGCUGGGUGGUCCAGAUUCAAGUUUUGCCGCAGAUUAUCGUCAAUCGAAUUCGUGUGGUUCUGCCGGAUAGACAGCGAGGAACGUAUCUGGCUAUAGGAACCGCGGUCAUCGUCACUUUGAUCAACAUCAGCGUCUUUUGCGUGUGGAUGCCCGCGCGUCUUCAGAUCAGUCAAAGAUGGAUACGCAUCAACUCUAUCUGGGAUCGAAUUGAGAAGGUCCUUUUCCUACUCUUGGACGCGUACCUGAACUGGUACUUCAUCAAGACUGUCCAAUCUGAGCUUGUGAGAAACGGCCUGAGCAAGUACAACCGCCUAGUCCGCUUUAAUAAGCGCAUCAUUGUAGUCUCACUCUUACUCGACGUCAUGAUCAUCGCAGCAAUGAGCAUCCCCAACGGAUUCGUGCAGGUCACCACCAACCUUUCCAAUCCUUACGUCAAACUAACGUCAAGCAGCUACGCCAUUUUUCACCCACUAGCCUACCUAGCCAAACUCAACAUCGAAAUGUCAAUGGCCCACUUCAUCCGCACCAUCGCUCUCGCCACC